CAGCAGCGCCGAAUCCCUAGACCGGCUGUACCCCGCCGUGGGCUCCUCCAAGCCUCCCCGAAAGCGGACCACCAGCCAGUGCAAGUCCGAGCCUCCCCUGCUGCGGACCAGCAAGAGGACCAUCUACACUGCCGGCCGCCCGCCCUGGUACAACGAGCACGGGACGCAGUCCAAGGAGGCUUUCGUCAUCGGACUGGGAGGAGGCAGCGCCUCUGGGAAGACCACGGUGGCCACCAUGAUCAUCGAGGCUCUUGAUGUCCCUUGGGUGGUUCUGCUCUCCAUGGACUCCUUCUACAAGGUGUUGACCAAGCAGCAGCAGGAGCAGGCAGCCAGCAACGACUUCAACUUCGACCACCCCGAUGCCUUCGACUUCGAUCUCAUCAUCGCCACGCUGAAGAAGCUGAAGCAAGGCAAAAGCGUCAAGAUCCCCAUCUACGACUUCACCACCCACAGCCGGAAGAAGGAAUGGAAAACCCUGUAUGGCGCCAACGUGAUUAUCUUUGAAGGCAUCAUGGCAUUUGCGGACAAGGAGCUGCUGAAGCUCCUCGAUCUGAAGAUAUUUGUGGACACGGACUCGGACAUCCGCUUGGUGCGUCGCCUGCGCAGGGACAUCAGUGAGCGUGGCCGGGACAUCGAGGGUGUCAUCAAGCAGUACAAUAAGUUUGUCAAACCCGCCUUUGACCAGUACAUCCAGCCCACCAUGCGGCUGGCCGACAUCGUCGUCCCCCGAGGGAGCGGGAACACAGUGGCCAUCGACCUGAUCGUCCAGCACGUCCACAGCCAGCUGGAGGAGCGUGAACUCAGUGUCAGGGCUGCCCUGGCCUCUGCCCACCAGUGCCACCCCCUUCCUCAGACCCUCAGCGUGCUGAAGAGCACCCCGCAAGUGAGGGGCAUGCACACCAUCAUCAGAAACAAGGAGACCAGCAGAGAUGAGUUCAUUUUCUACUCCAAGAGGCUGAUGCGGUUGCUGAUCGAGCACGCGCUCUCCUUGCUCCCGUUCCAGAGUUGCACCGUCCAGACCCCCCAGGGACAGGACUACGAAGGGAGGACGUACAGUGGGAAGCAGAUCACCGGGGUGUCCAUCCUGCGGGCGGGCGAGACCAUGGAGCCAGCGCUGCGAGCGGUCUGCAAGGACGUGCGCAUCGGGACCAUCCUCAUCCAGACCAACUGCAACACGGGCGAGCCAGAGCUCCACUACCUGCGGCUGCCGAAGGACAUCAGCGAGGACCACGUCAUCCUGAUGGACUGCACGGUCUCCACGGGCGCUGCAGCCAUGAUGGCAGUGCGUGUACUGCUGGAUCAUGAUGUCCCAGAAGACAAGAUCUUCCUGCUCUCCCUGCUGAUGGCAGAGAUGGGUGUCCACUCGGUCGCCUAUGCUUUUCCCCGGGUGAAGAUCAUCACCACAGCUGUGGACAAGAAGGUGAACGACCUUUUCCGGAUAAUCCCCGGCAUCGGGAAUUUUGGCGAUCGGUACUUCGGGACAGAUGCUCCUCCCGACUGGAGCGACGAUGAAGAUGCUCUCAGCACUUAGCUGGAUGUAGAGAUGCCACUGGCGACAGGCAGCUUCAGCACCGCACCUUAACCCCUCUGUCAUCGCAGAUUUCUCCUCCCUCCUCACCAAGCAUAGAUAUUUUUUUCAAAUCUGACAUUGGAGAUCUAGGGCAUAUUUUUUCAAAGAAACACAAAUCCUAGUUUCACUUUGUGGACAGUCGUGUGUCCCAGCAUAGAGCAGAGUUAAUUUAUUUUAAUUUAAAUAUUUGCCUAUAUAACUUAUUGGAGAUAUUUUAUAAAGAAAAAUAAUAAAUUUUUUCUCUGGUUUUCUUGAA